GUCUUUCAUCACGGCCCGCAGUUUAAAACUGUCAAGUGGCUGCUAGGGUAGCGGCUUUGCUUGCUGUGGUCGCGGAGGCGACGCGGGAGUCGCCGCGAGUGAAGAGUCGGGGUUUGACGGAGACGCAUUUGUGCAGAAUGUCAUCUGACAAGGACAAGUAUUCACUUCACGUUGCUUACAAUGACUCUUCUGAUCAUGGCAGUUCUGUCUCCACGGACCUUCAGGACGAAUAUGAGGAACUGCUCCGCUAUACUAUUGUGAAUCCAAAUGUUGAAUCCCAUGCUUCACAGCCAUCUCAGCCUAAGGGAGAAGUGGCACCAGAUAGACUUCCUACUCCGGCCGGAAAUAAUCUUGUAAAAGAAACUGCAAUGGAAGUUGGAAAAGGAUGUGAUUUAAAUUCAAAGUCAGGGUCAUCGCCUGUCUCGUCACCCAGGAAGCCCUCUCACCCAGUCUUGGAUUUUUUCAGUGCACACCUUUUAGAAGACUCUUCCUCACCAACCUCUACAUCUACUCAUACCGAUCCACAUGAAGUAAUUGUGAGUGAUCAUCUAGAUGAAAGUCUUCGGAAGGUGGAGAAUAUACUUGACCGCUGGAGCUCGGGUCUUAAGACAAAUAUUUUAUCUGAACUGAGUAAGUGGAGACUUAAUUUUAUUGACUGUCACCGAAUGGAGAUGAAAAAAGAAAAGGAGAAGCACGCGAUGAUUGUGAAGCAGCUGUUGAGGCAGAUCGCUGACUUGAAGGAGCUGCAGAAGGCCUUCGAGCUGUCCCUCGGGAGGAAGGAUGAGGUGAUUUCCAGCUUGUCUCAUGCCAUUGGCAAGCAGAAGGAAAGAAUAGAGUUAAUGAAAACCUUCUACCACUGGAGACUCGGCCAUGUCAAAUCAAGACAGGAUGUUUAUGAGGGUAAACUGGCUGACCAGUACUUUCAGAGAACUUUGCUGAAGAAAGUCUGGAAGGGCUGGCGAUCUGUAGCACAGAGGCAGUGGAGGGAAGUGGUGGAGCGGGCGUGCCAAGCGAGGGCUGAGGAAGUAUGCGUGCAGAUCUCCAAUGAGUAUGAAGCCAAACUUGCUAUGUUUUCUGGAGCUUUGGAAAAUGCAAAAGCUGAGAUUGAAAGAAUGCAACAAGAGAAAGAGCAUUUCGAAGACUCCAUGAAGAAAGCGUUCAUGAGGGGCGUGUGUGCGUUAAACCUGGAAGCCAUGACCAUAUUUCAGAACAAAAACGACGCAGGGACAGACUUCUCGAAUACUAAAAUGGAAGAGACUGGAUGUCCAGGAAGAGAGCCUUCUGCACAUUUGGAUACAUCUUCGUCUACAAUGCCCUCAGCAGUUCCACUACAGCUGCUGCCGACUGCACCAGUAGCAGCAGGAGUGGCCAGCGCCACUGCCGUUCCCUCUGCUGCUUCCAUGGCCUCUGCUGGAGCUACAUCUGCUUCUUCUGUUCACGCCCCUGUCUCUGUUCUCGUCACAGGGUCCACAGCUACUGCUGCCCCAGGAGAAAUGUACAUGCCGAGAGUUGUGACGUCAGCACAACAGAAAGCCGGGAAGACGAUUACAGCUCGGAUCACGGGUCGGUGCGAUUUUGCUUCCAAAACUAGAAUCAACAGCAGCUUGGCAAUAAUGGGAGUUUCUCCUCCCAUGAGCUCGGUCGUCGUGGAGAAGCAUCAUCCAGUCACGGUGCAAACCAUUCCUCAGGCAACUGCCGCCAAGUACCCACGGAGCAUCCGUCCCGAAAGCGGCAUCCCAGCCUCCAGGCCCCUCGGAGCCAGGCCAGCCCACAACCAGUCUCUCGCAAGUGUUCAGUCCAUAAAAGUGGUUGAUUAGAGGGACUGGUCACACCCAGGCCUUUGAAUCUCUCUGAUAAGGACUUUCCUGGGGGCAGAGGGUUUUACUUUUGACUUCUCUGUACUGUUAGAACAUCAUAGGCACAUCAUGCUCAUCUUCCAAAAUUACAGAC